ACUCUGUGCGGGCCCAUCUCUAGUGGAAAUCAUAUGACUCCCAAUCGAUACAGAAGGAAAAAAAGUUAAAUUUUCACCGUCGUUUGUCGAACUCCACGCCUUCCGCCACACAAUUCGCGCAACUCGAGCGAGUGCAGCAGCCAAAAAGCGACAAGUAACCGCAGCAGAAAGCAGGCUCUUUGUCACCGCCGUCUUGGUUUUUUUUUCUGUCCACCCACUCUGAAUCUGUGUGUGUGCGUGUGUCAAGAUGAACAGCUCGGGAUUUAUGUUCAACAUCGAUAAUGGCUAUCUGGAGGGUCUGUGCCGAGGCUUCAAGUGCGGCAUCCUGAAGCAGGCGGAUUACCUGAACCUGGUGCAGUGCGAGACCUUGGAGGAUUUAAAGCUGCACCUGCAGGGCACGGACUAUGGCAGCUUUCUGGCCAACGAACCCUCGCCGCUGUCCGUCUCCGUCAUCGACGACAAGCUGCGCGAGAAGCUGGUAAUUGAGUUCCAGCACAUGCGCAACCAUGCCGUCGAGCCGCUGUCCAACUUCCUGGACUUCAUCACCUACGGCUAUAUGAUCGAUAACAUCAUUCUGCUGAUCACUGGCACGCUGCACCAGCGUCCCAUUUCGGAGCUGAUACCCAAAUGCCAUCCGCUGGGCAGCUUUGAGCAGAUGGAGGCUAUCCAUGUGGCCUCGACGCCAGCGGAGCUGUACAACGCAGUGCUGGUGGACACACCGCUAGCUCCCUUCUUCGUCGACUGCAUUUCGGAGCAGGAUCUGGACGAGAUGAACAUUGAGAUCAUCCGGAACACGCUCUACAAGGCAUAUUUGGAGGCAUUCUAUAACUUCUGCAAGAACAUGGGCGGCGCCACCGCCGAUGUCAUGUGCGAGAUCUUGGCUUUUGAGGCCGAUCGUCGUGCUAUCAUCAUCACCAUCAACUCCUUUGGCACGGAGCUGUCAAAGGAUGACCGUGCCAAGCUGUAUCCCAACUGCGGCAAAAUGUACCCCGAUGGUCUGGCCGCCCUCGCUCGGGCCGAUGACUACGAGCAGGUGAAGACCGUGGCCGAGUAUUAUGCAGAGUAUGCUGCCCUGUUCGAUGGCUCUGGCAACAAUCCCGGGGACAAGACGCUGGAGGACAAGUUCUUCGAGCACGAGGUGAAGCUGAACGUGUACGCAUUCUUGCAGCAGUUCCACUUUGGCGUCUUCUAUGCGUACCUCAAGCUCAAGGAGCAGGAGUGCCGCAACAUUGUCUGGAUCGCCGAGUGCGUCGCCCAGAAGCAUCGCGCCAAAAUCGACAACUACAUACCCAUCUUUUAAGUGCAAUGGCUCCAAAAUAAUUAUUAUACGUGUUUUUUUCUCCUGCCUUUCAAGAUGUUGUGUUUUUUUUUUCUAUUCGUUCGUCCCCCCUCCCAUACCCUUGUUAUGCAAUUGUUUAAUGUAUAUUAUAUAUUAUGAUACGCUGUAUGUGGUUUUGUUACGAGUAUUAUUAUGAUUUUGUCAAGUGUUCAAAGUGUCCUCCGUUUUCUCCGCCACUCUCUCCCCGAUUGGCCUAACUAUAUAUAUAUAUGUAUUCGGGAGAUAUCUAUAUCUAUCGUGUUUGUGUACAUAUGUAUAAUUAUAAAUGAUCGAAAAGAACGAAAGCAGUUCAAAUUGAUUGUAGAAAAGAAAGAAGAAAGCAUCAGCGCCCAUAUGUUAACUACUAUAUAGAACAAAUGCAUACAUAUACAGCAACAAACAACAUAAAGAACAUAAAAACCACAUAUGUGAAUGAUAAAUCAAUUAUUAAAACAUGUUUUCAAACAUUCCCUUAAA